ACGUUAGUCGUGUUCGGCGAAACGGACCAAAAUGAGGUUUAUUGUACUACCACUGCUGCUGGCAUCCUGCUGCCUCUGGGAGGCGGUUCAAUCCUGCGCCAGCAUCGAGCAGCGCUACAAGUUCAAAAACAGCAACAUCUACGUGCGUCUGCGGCGAGGCGACAAGUUGCAGUAUGAGGUGAUGAAGGGCGAGAAGACCCUGCAGACGGUCACCUUCGACAACUUCGAGAGCAGCGCCAACCUGGUGGAGACCACCAGUGGAAGCUACCAGCUCACCGACGGCACCUCCACCAUCGAGUUUACCCUGGUUCAGAAUGGAGUGGUUUCCGGCACUGGCAGCGAGAUUACCCAUGUGAAAGUCUCCCGGGAUCAGGUGCCGCAGGGCAGCCAACCCAGGGAUUGUUUCCCCCUGAACACCGGUUCCACCCAUUGGUUCAGUGGCCCCGAGCAGAAGCAGCACUACUGGCCCGUCGAGAGGCAGAGGCACAGCAACUACUCGUAUCUGCCCAAGGAACUGGACAACUUUGGAGUGGGCGAGCGCUAUUGGCUGAAUGGCAAUGGAGUCUUCCUGUACGUGGAGGGCAACACUCCGCUGUUUAUCGAUCAGAACACAGCCGACUACCCAGAUCAGUUGUGCUUGAGUGCCACCAGUGCCCUGCCCUACGAUCCCCGUGUGACCUCCGCCAAGUUCGUGUACCACAUCGCCGUGGCCAAGGACGCCAAGGCGGCUCACAAGUACGCGGUGAAGAAGUUCCACGGACAACCCACCGGUUUCCCCGACGAGCGAAUGGUCAUGCACCCCGUGUGGUCCACCUGGGCUCUCUACAAAGCUGAAGUGACCGACGAGGUGGUGAGGGACUUUGCCCAGCAGAUCCUGGACAAUGGCUUCAACAACAGCCAGCUGGAGAUCGACGACGACUGGGAGGAUUGCUAUGGAGCCAUGACCUUCAGGAAGAACAAGUUCCCCGACAGCAAAAAACUGACUGACGAUCUCAAGGCCUUGGGUUUCCGUGUGACCCUGUGGAUUCAUCCUUUCAUCAACAACAAUUGCACAGCCAUCUACGAGGAGGCCAAGUCCCUGGGCUACUUGGUGCUGGAUCACGAGGGAAGCUCCGAUACGCAGUGGUGGAACAGUCAGCCCAAGGAUGCUGCCAUCCUGGACUUCACCAAAACCGAGGUUCAGACGUGGUUCUCCACGCGUUUGAAGCGCCUGCAGGAUGAGGAUGGCAUCGAUAGCUUCAAGUUCGACGCUGGCGAGACCAGUUGGCUGCCCAGCGAUCCAGUGCUCCAGCCCAGCACUUCCAUGGUGACUCCUCUUCAGGCAGUUGGAGAUUAUGUGCGCACUGUGGCCGCUUUUGGAGACAUGGUGGAGGUGCGAUCGGCCCAGAACACCCAGGAUCAGCCCAUCUUCGUGCGCAUCGUCGACAAGGAUUCGGAGUGGGGCUGGAACAAUGGCCUUAUCACACUGAUCACCUCGAUGCUGCAAAUGAACCUCAAUGGGUAUCCUUUCGUCCUGCCCGACAUGAUCGGUGGUAAUGGCUACUAUGAGAAGCCUCCCACCAAGGAACUUUUCCUCCGCUGGCUGCAGGCCAAUGUCUUCAUGCCCGCCCUGCAGUUCUCCUUCGUGCCGUGGAAUUUCGAUGAGGAGGCCAUCGAGAUUAGCAAGAACUUCACCGCCAUGCAUGCCACCUACACGCCGUAUAUCAUGAAGCUUUUCAAACGGGCCGUGGAUACUGGAGAGCCAGUGAACGCUCCCCUCUGGUGGAUCUCCCCCACUGAUGAAGUGGCUCAAUCUAUUUAUGAUGAAUUCCUUCUGGGCGAUGACAUCAUCGCUGCUCCCAUCGUGGUUGAGGGGGCCACCAAGCGUGAUAUUUACUUGCCGGAGGGCGAGUGGAAGGAUGGCAAUAGCGAUCUAACAUACACCGGACCCACCUGGGUGAUGGACUACGCCGCUCCCCUGAACACCCUGCCCUUCUUUGUGCGGGUGGGAUUCGUUCUGGAGUAGAGUGAAAAUUAAACGCUUAGUUUAGGCUUUUAGGCAUUUAUAUUUUUCUUAAAAAAACGAACAAAAAUCAAUAACGUAAACAUGAUAUAAAACUGGCACAGCAAAUUUGGUAAAA